AGAGUGUCCCAUCCUAGGCCGCUUUUAAAUCGGGUACUGCGUUCUCAUUCUGUGAUUUACAUUGUUCAAUUUUAAGGCGACUCGCUCGUUCUUAUUAAUUUAUAUUUUGAAAAAAUAUGGAGGCCGAGCCUCUCGAAUUGGAAGACGGGGAAAUCGUCGAGGAUGAGCCAGCCGAUGCAUUCGAGACAUAUAAGAUAUUGCAGAGGCCACAUAUUGAAAAACCAAUGGAAGAACCAUUAAAGAUGCGUUACAGCGACGAGUCAGACGAUACUACGGAAUCGGAGAGUGAUUCCGAUUCAGAUUCUGGUCAUGCGAAGGCUAAGAAGCCCAAAAUAAAAUUGAAGAGGUACAGGACUAAAUCACAAAGUCGGACGUCAAGAAAUGACAAAUACAAAGUCUGGUGCACUCAGGUACAGGAGGAGUCGCUGACAGAAGACUUGGUAUCUUGCGGCGUAACCAAAAGGAUUUGUCAAGGCCGCAGUGUCGAGAAUUAUGAUUUUACUCUUAGAUAUACACUUCGCGAUACGGAAUUACCAAAUAAUGUGAGUUCAGAAGAAGAGAAGGAAGUUGAGCAAAGACUGACAAAUAAAAGGACAUACUCUGAUAGAAGAAAUGUAAAGUUAAGGUUGGGUAAAAGAAGAAAUUCUAUGGAUAUUGAUAGUCAACGGGGAUCGGUCAGAAUCAUAUCCGAUCUAAGCAUAACGGCAGAUUCUACAGAUGAAGAUGUUGCUGCUGAUAUAACGAGUAAACUCAAUGAGAAGAAAGAUCUGCUUAUAAAAAGAAUCGUAGACAUAAUAGGCAAGGACAUGGCGAUUGACUUCUUUCAAAAGACUAAGAAAAUAGAAGAGGAUGGAGGGAUGUUAAUCAUGAAUGGAUCACGCAGACGUACUGCUGGUGGUGUUUAUUUGUGGCUGGUGAAAAAUGAUGAGCACAUUCCUCAAGAAAAAAUUCGCGAAAUAUUCUACACUGAUAAAAAAGAGCACAAUGAAGAAAGAAAGAAGGUGGAUGCAUGUGCUAGAAGGAAAAAAACUCAAGAUCUCAUGAGAAAUCUUGAAAAUGGGUCUGAAAAGGACUUACCAGCCCUAUUAACUCGAGCCGAGUUUUCGACAAGGCAAAUAGCAGAAGAGGCAAGACUUAGACGUGGCGAAGGUAUGGAAAGGACUCCAUUGGAUUCAGAUCGUACUGUUUCCAAUCCUCCGCCUAGCCCUGUAACGGAUGAUCCUGAUCAUUCGGAACAGCCAACAGGACAACGACAAGUUCAGGAUUACAGUGACGACUUCCUUGACAUUGGGGUUGAUGUGGAUAAUAUGGAAUUGUUUUGAAGCAGCAUUUGUUUCUUAAAUUGAAAGGACAGUGUUUUUCUGACCUUUGUACAGAAUAGUGACAACGCUCCGGUGACAUGUGUGUACAGGAAUAUAUAUUGAACAAUCGAUUUAACUCAUUAUUCCCGUAAAUAUGGCAAUUACAAUCAAGUGCAAAUUAAAAACUGGAAACUGCUCGGACAAAGCAGCGCUUUGCCACGUAUCUCAAUUUAGAAAAGAAUAAGAUGCAGGGUAUGUAAAAAUCAAUUGUUUUGUAAGUAAUAGACUUGACCCUGAAGUCACGAAUAAUUUACAUCGCCUAAUAUAAGUUGUGGGGAGCUUUAUUACUACAUCGUUCCCCUAGAUAGCACUGCCAUCUCGGCACAUUUUUGUCUAAUCUACUGCUUGUAAAUUGUAUUUGGUGUAUCGAUAUGUAUAUAUCUGGACGCAAUGUUGGCCAAAAAUAUAUCUCAUUCGAAAGGACAACUCUGUAUCCAGUUAUAUAUAUGUCUAGAGUGAAGAGGCCUUCCGUAAUACUGUAUGCUAUACUAAUGAAAAUGUUUAAAGUAGACGGACCAUGUGCAGAGAGUUAAAAAGUUGCUUUACUAUCUUUUGGAUACAUUUGAUGAAAAUUAAAAAAUUUACUUCUCUGGAAAAAAAAUUUGAAAUGCACAAGUUUGCAGGAAAAUAGGUGCAAAUGUAAAACGCAGACCAAGUAAGCCAAAAGUGUUUCCUGAAGUAGAAAGAGAAAAUGUGUAUUUGCGGUGACUUCUGUUGUCUUAAUCAGGGCUAUUCUUAACAUUUUUGAGACUUAUACUGAGUGAUCGUAAAUUUUUCAUCUUGUUAUUAAUAUUUUGUACUGAUAAUCUCGAAAUUUAUGAAUCUUUCCUGUAGGAUAUUGUAACAUAUUAAAGUACACUAAAUAGACAGUGCCUUACGUUACUAUAAGGUUA